AGCAUGGAGGUUAAAACCAGCAAAGAUCACCUGAAAGUCCAUAAAAUGAAGAAGAAGGUAUUGAGGAAGCAGGUCAGAGCUCAGCAUACAUUGAUGAGACAUGAAGGCAUUGAGUGCAUCUCCCAUGCCACACAGAGCCUGGUUAUUGCCAAUGCUGGUCUUGGUAAUGGGAUGAGUAGAAACCAACUGCUCAGGAUAGUAGAAGAGUAUGGAUUGGUGGAAACACUCUUAAUGCCACCGAACAAACCAUAUUCAUUUGUGAAAUAUGGGACAACAGAAGAAGCCAAGAAAGCCUUCGAUGCCCUUAAUGGAAAAGAAGUAACACUGGAAGACUUUAGCCAAAACAUUGUUCUAUAUAUGAAUUUUGUGGAAAAAGUUCUCUGGCAGAAUGCUGUUCCUACAAGCUUGCCUCCAGGCCUAAUGGUCAUUGAAAAGAUUAUUUCUUCAGAGGAAGAAAGGAGGAUGUUGGAAAGUAUUGACUGGAUAGGAGAUGAAGAUGCUCAAAAUGCCCAGAAGACUUUAAAGCAUAGAAGAGUAAAGCAUUUUGGAUAUGAGUUUUGCUAUGAUAACAACAAUGUUGAUAAAGACAAACCUUUACCUGGAGGUCUUCCUGAAAUUUGCGACCUAUUCUUGGAGGAGUGCUUGAAGCAGGGAUAUAUCAAACAUAAACCUGAUCAACUGACUGUAAAUCAGUAUGAACCUGGACAAGGAAUUCCUCCUCAUAUUGAUACACAUUCCGCUUUUGAGGAUGAAAUAAUCUCUCUCAGUUUAGGAGCUGAGAUUGUUAUGGAUUUUAAACACCCUGAUGGCCAUACAGUGGCAAUUAUGCUGCCCCGACGCAGUUUAUUGGUGAUGGCUGGAGAAUCCAGAUACCUGUGGACACAUGGGAUUACACCCCGAAAAUAUGAUGUCAUUCAAGCAUCUGAGCUUGGGCAGAAAGUUGGAACAAUCACUGCUGAUGUUGGAGAUUUAACACUAAAUCGAAGGGAAACAAGGACAUCAUUUACAUUCAGGAAAGUGAGGAGAAGCCCUUGCAAUUGCAUUUACCCAUCUGUCUGUGACAGCCAGAAAGGACAGCAAAGUCAGGUACAACCUUCAUUUCCCCACAAUGAGAUGGAGGCCUCAAAGCUGGAGCAAGAAUAUGUACACAAGGUGUAUGAAGAGAUUGCCACACACUUCAGCAGUACCAGGCAUAGCCCAUGGCCCCGAAUUGUAGAGUUUCUCAGCUCACUACCAAAAGGGUCAAUAGUGGCUGAUGUUGGUUGUGGUAAUGGGAAAUAUCUAGGCAUCAACAAGGAUUUAUACAUGGUUGGCUGUGAUCGCAGCAAAAACCUGGUGGAUAUUUGUGGAGAAAAAAAUUUCCAGGCUUUUGUCUGUGAUGCCCUGUCGGUGCCAAUCCGCAGUGGUUCUUGUGAUGCCUGCAUCUCUAUUGCUGUAAUCCACCAUUUCUCAACAGCGGAGAGGAGACUGGCUACUAUCCGUGAACUAGCUCGGCUUCUAAGGCCUGGUGGAAUGGCACUCAUUUAUGUUUGGGCGAUGGAACAAGAAUACAAAAACCAGAAGUCUAAAUACCUUAAGGAAAAGAAUGGUAGUAAGGACAAGGAGGAGGAAAUCAAUACUGGCAUGGCCCAGAGACCCAGGCUUAGUGAUCAAAUGCCUCAUAGCAGCAGCCAAGACUCAGCAUAUUCUGACCGACUCUUUAACGACUCGAAGGACGAAGGCAGUGAUGCAAAGCCAGUCGCAGACUCUAGACUGCCCGUUCACACUAACCGAACCUCCUUUCACUCUCAAGAUUUGCUGGUUCCCUGGCACCUGAAAGGUGGCACUAAAAAGAAAGGGGAAAGUGUUGAUACAGUGUCAUUUCCAGCUGGCUCUAAGGAAUCGCAAGAACUCAGCCCUGUUUUCCACCGUUAUUACCAUGUGUUCUCUGAAGGGGAACUGGAAGCAGCAUGCAGAUCCCUGGAUUGUGUGAGGGUUCAAAACAGUUACUAUGAUCAGGGAAACUGGUGUGUGGUUCUAGAAAAGUUGUAGCCUGUGGUGUUUCCUCCGCUACCUGUGGUGUUUUGUUUGUUUUUUACAGUGUGAAAGGUAUUUUUAAUGCAGGUUGCAGCUAUUACCUCUUUUAAAAUGGCAGAAUAAAGAUUGUUUAUUGAGUU